GACGUAUUGAACUUCUUGUAGUUUUCGUUUUUCACUGCCCCGGAGGAACAGGCGCGCCGUCACGCCAUAUUCAGUGGUUAGCUAUCCAGCUACGUACAGAGCGGGUUCUGUUCUCCUAUUAACAGAGUAAACAUGGGACGAAAGAAGAAGAAGCAAAUGAAGCCGUGGUGCUGGUAUUGCAACAGAGAUUUUGACGAUGAAAAGAUUCUUAUUCAGCACCAGAAGGCAAAACAUUUCAAGUGUCAUAUAUGCCAUAAAAAACUGUACACGGGUCCAGGUUUAGCAAUUCACUGCAUGCAGGUUCAUAAAGAAACCAUAGACGGGGUACCCAAUGCGAUCCCGGGAAGGACGGACAUUGAAUUGGAAAUAUACGGCAUGGAAGGCAUUCCCGAGAAAGACAUGGAAGAGAGGAGGCGAGUGCUGGAGCAGAAAACGCAAGCCGAGAGCCAGAAGAGGAAGCAGAACAACCAGGACGACUCGGAUGACUACGAGGAGGACGAGGAGCCCGGCCCUUCCUCCCAGCAGCCCGUCGCGCAGCCCCAGACCGGCUACAUGCCCCCCAUGACCCAGCCGGGCAUGCCCCCCGUGCACGGGGCCCACGGAAUGCCCCCCGCCACCUACGCGGGCAUGCCUCCCAUGAUGCCUGGCGUUCCUCCAAUGAUGCCCGGCGUUCCUCCCAUGAUGCCAGGCAUGCCACCUGGCAUGAUGCCAAUGGGUGGCAUGAUGCCGCCUGGACCCGGGAUGCCCCCGAUGAUGCCAGGCAUGCCCCCAGGUAUGCCCCCGCCCGCAGGUAUGCAUCGGCCCGGCAUGCCCCCCAUGCCCCACGUGCCCCCCGUCACGGCGCCGGGCAUGCUCAAUCGACCGGCUGUGUCUGCUGCCACGGCAACCGCGCCCCAGCCCGCCGUGUCCAAACCGCUGUUCCCCAGCGCCGGACAGAUGGGGAGCCUCGUUCCGAGCACGAGCGCAAAAUCGGGGCCCCCGAGCGCCGAGGCGGGGCCCGGGCCCGAACCCCCCAAAGCCCUGUUCCCUAGCGCGGCACAAGCCCAGCAGGCCGCUGUGUCAGGACCCGUCGGCACGGAUUUCAAACCCCUCGCCGCGGCCUCCUCCGCCUCAGAUCCCCCCAAACCGACAUUCCCGGCUUACAGCCAAUCACCCGCCGCCACCGCCUCCACCUCCACCAGCACAGUGUCCAAGCCGCCGGCCGCGGUGACCAGUAAGCCCGCCACGCUCACCACCCUGAGCGCAACCAGUAAGUUGAUCCACCCUGAUGAGGACAUCUCACUGGAGGAAAGGAGGGCCCAGCUGCCCAGGUACCAACGGAACAUUCCCAGGACAGGACAAGCCCACAUGGCCGCCCCUCCUGGGGCACCAAUGGGUGCCAUGAUGCCCCCCCAGCAGGCCAUGCCCCCACAGCACCCCAUGCACGGUCAGUAUGGGCCCCCCCCCCAGGGAAUGCCCGGGUAUAUGCCGGGUGGCAUGCCUCCGUACGGGCAGGGCCCCCCAAUGGUGCCCCCUUAUCAAGGUGGACCCCCCCGGCCCCCCAUGGGCAUGAGGCCCCCUGUCAUGUCUCAGGGAGGGCGCUAUUGAUGCUGAACCGCCACCUUUCAAUAGCGAUGCCAUUGGAACUGGCUGGGUCUCAGUGUAGCCCUGUUCAGCCGGAGGCAAGUCCCACCUUUUCUUACCUUUCUCUCCCUUAUCGAGGGCUUUCACAGCCUCUGGCGGCUGUUGGAUUACUGCGUCCCCAAACUUUUUAGCGAGUUUGGUGAAAGCCCUUGCGUUAAUUCCCAACUAGAUUCUAGAUCCCGGCUUGUGUCUGACUUCAAAACAUUUUUGUUAAACGUAUAUAUAUACAUAUAUAUUUAUAUACAGUGCACAGAAAAGCAUAGUUUUGUAUAAUAAUAAUAAUAAUAAUAAUAAUAAAACGAAUACAAUUUUAAUUCUUCUGACAGCCUUGUUGAGGCGGAAGCACUGUUCUGUCGGUUUAGCACAGUCGUCGGCUAAGUGACGGGACGGUGGGAGAGUGAACCCGGUGGCUUCAGCGUACAAAGCCGUGGGUUUUGUGGAUGGUUUAACUUUCCUUGUAUUCCUGCUGUAUUUGUUUAUCCAAUAUUCAGGUAUUUAAAAAAUGCAAAAGGAUUGCACAAAUCCGUUAAUUUGGCUUUUUAAAUUAAAUUCUGCUCUGAAAAUAAUUUGUGUAGAACUUUUCAUACAGAAAUGCAGUUCCGUGCUUCAUAGAAAAAAAGGCAAUGCAGGCAUAUACGCACACAUGCAUACAUGGAUACACCAAGUUAAAAAAUUCUAAAUAUUAUAAAAUAGGGUUGCGGAGAAUAAGCAUCAUAAUAAAAUUUAAAUAUACAGCAAAAAAAAACGAAUGAAAGAAUUUAAAACCUAAUGAAAAAGGUAUGUUUUGAGCUGCGUUUUAAGAAUGCCUGAUGUGUGUAAGUGCUCUAUAGUUUUGGAGCAUAAAAGUUAAAAGCACUCUUGCCAUUGUUUGAUGCCUUGAAAUAGGUAUAUUGAUUAAGCCGGCUGUGCAGACUCAAGAUCUUGAGCUUGUACCUUGAAAAGAAAUGCGAUCCUGGAUGUAAGAAGGUGCUAGACCAUUAUUGCUCCACAAACAAAAGUAGUAAAACUUUAAAUAUGAAAAUUUGUAAUAUAAUGCCAGUUAGUGAGGCAUUCAAUCAGUAAUUUGUCUGGUUACUGGAUUUUAUAUCGGGACAAUGGACUUCCCAGUGAAUGAUUAAAAAAGAAUUAAUAACAUUGACUUUCCCAUUAAAAUUCGAACAGUCCCCCUUCACGAUCUCACGCGCCGCGCCCAAAAUGCUUCCUUCCUCAGGAUUAGCAUCACGCGAGUGAGCGAGUGCGUGAGUGCGCGAGUGAGUGAGUGUAAAUGUGGCCGAAGGUUUCGCAGUUUUGGGCAAGCGCUGGGCUCAUUGCAUCCCCGCUGUCUCACGCUGUUUGUCUCUCAGCUGUAGCGGCAGCAGCGGCGGCAGCGGCGGCUUCUCUUCUCUUGUGUUACUCGGGUAACGAGGGGGGAAGUUCCGCGAAAGCAGGCGAUGCAGGUUGGUUUUCCGUGUAAGUACCCGGCUGUGCCUUAGAUUAGUGCGUUUGUGUGUGUGUGUGUGUGUGGGUGCUCUGUGGGGGACCUGUGAUCAUGUUACUGUUCUUGCAAUGAGCUUUUAAAAGAUGUCAGCUUUUGAUAAAGAGAAGAUGUUUUUGGUGUUUUUGUCCUUCCUAACUUCAGCAACUACGCGGAAUAAGUUGAGCGUGGGAACCGGAAGAAUGGCUUAUUUUGCGCUGUUUUGAUUGCAUCUUUUUCCUGACCUGGCACGUGUGCGUAAGGCUUUCAUUUCCAAUUUUCUUUCCAUUUACAUCUUUUCUGUUUGGGCUUUUACCAAUUUUACCAAUAGGUGAAUGGCACGUUGCCAGUGACAUCGUCUGUCAUUUUUAUUGUGCUGAAUGAAACUACUGAAAUCAGCCUCUCUGAUACUCUGCAAUAUUUUUAUUUUUUUUGCUUCAAACAGAAAUAGUAUACUACUGAAUUUGUAUAAAACCCAAAAGCUUGCCCAAAUGGCUCCGUAGACAAGGGUUUCUGUUUUCACUUUUAGCCAAUGAGUGUUGAGAUCUAAUAUACUGAGUUUUUAAAUAAAGUCCUUUUUAAAAAAUAAAAAAAAAUCUUCCAUC